AUGGUUAAAAAAUCAAAAAAAGAACCCGAACCAUCAAAUGAUAAAGAUAAAAAUAAACCACAAAGAGGUUUAGCAAUUGGUGAAAAUUUCGGUUGGACUGGUAAAUUACCUGUUACUCUAUUAAAUGAACAUUGUCAAAAGCAAAAAUGGGGAAAAUGUCAAUAUGAUAUGACCAAAAAACAAAAUGGUUUUAUUGGAAUUGUAACAUUAAAUUGGGAAAAUCCAAAGACUAAAGAAAUUAUAAGUCUAAAGUACUAUCCAAAUUAUGAACCAAAAUCAACUACAAAUGAAGCAAGACAUAUGGUGGCAACAUUUGUAUUACACAGAAUCAAUUAUAUUAAAAAUAUGAAAAUGUUGUUGCCAAUUAUUUUUAGAGAUUAUUGGAAUGAACUAGAGGAAAAUAGAGUUAAAUUGAAUAAAGAAAAUAAACAAUUGCAUGAUAAGUUAUUUAAUGUAAAUCCUUUUCAAGUAUACUUACAAGAACAAGAAGAAAAUGAAAAAAGAGAAAAACAAAGGUUGAUAAAGAAACAAAAUGAAGUGAAAGUGAAGAAACCGACUAUAAGCUUAGGAUCAAAAACAUUGAAUAAACCAGUUAAACAAGUAGUCAAUAAAUUUCCAAGAAAGGUUUGGGAAAAAGCCCCAUUUUUGGAUAUUCCAUCAGAUUUAAGAAGUUCAGUUGAAGAAGAAAUUAAGCAUCAUAUUACAUGGGUGAAAACUUCAGAUUCUGAUUCAUUAGAAAGACUAGUAUCAUUAGGUUUUAGAGAAACUCAUGUUAAAGAAUCAUUUGAAUAUACUUCCAAUUUCACAGAAUCUUUAGAAUGGUUAUUAUUUCACAUACCAGAAGAUGACUUGCCACAGUUAUUCAUGAAAUCGGAGAAAGAUUCUAAAGUAUCACUUAAAAUUUCACAAAAUUUACAAUUUGAAUAUGCAUUAAAGAGAAUGAAAGAAUCUGGAUUUGAUACAGAUAUAAUAAUUUCUACUUAUAAUAGACUUGAUAAUGAUGAAUUUAAAACAUGUAUAGAGUUAACCAAAGAAUUGUUAAAAUCUUUACCUGAAAUAAUACCAGAAGAGGAUAGUCAAGAUUUGUGGAAUCAAGAAAUUGAAGGUUUACAAAUGAUGGAUAUAAAAAUUAAACAAGAAAAUAAUGUUAUAACUAUACCGUUGAAUCCAAAAGGAAUUGAUAAAGAAGUGAUUGGUGUUAAAGUUUUUAAAAGCGAAAAUUAUCCAAAUGAAAUACCAGGUAUACAAAUUAUCGUGUUGAAUAAUGAUUAUCAAUUAGCAAAUUAUGUUAAAUUAUCAAUAAUUAGGAAUUUAGUUGAGAAUUUACAUAUCGGUGAGUGUAUGAUUUAUGCAAUAAUCGAAUGGUUAGAAGAACAUUUACUUGAGAUUAUAAAUAAUCCAGGUUCAUUAUUAUUACCUAGUGAAAAGAAAGUAAAUACACCAAUAGUUCAACAAGAGAAACAAAAGAAAAUAAAACAAAAGGUAAUAAACACUGAACAAAUCGAAACUUCAUACAAGAAAAGAUUACCAAUGAUUGAAAAAACUAUUGAAACAAGAUCCAAAUUAUCUGCAUGGAGUAAAAAAGAUCAACUUGUAAAUAUAAUAAACUCCAACAAAGUUACUUUAAUAACGGGUGAAACUGGUUCAGGUAAAUCAACUCAAGUUGUACAAUUUAUAUUGGAUUAUUUAAAUUCUCAAAAUGAUUUUAAAACUACAAUUUUAUGUACUCAACCAAGACGUAUUUCAACAAUCGGAUUAGCAGAAAGAAUAUCAGAAGAAAGAAGUGACAAAAUAGGAAAUGAGACUGGUUAUAUCAUCAGAGGUGAGAAUAGAACAACUAAUGUAACCAGAAUCUCAUUUGUAACAACUGGAGUGUUAUUAAGAAUGAUUCAGUCAUUUAUAUCAAAUGGAGAUAAUCAGUUAUUUGAAAAUUUGGGAUACAUAUUUAUUGAUGAAGUACAUGAAAGAUCAAUCGAUUGUGAUUUCUUAUUAAUUAUAUUAAAAAUGAUUAUGAAAAAGUUCCCAGUCAAAAUUGUUUUAAUGUCAGCUACUAUAGAUGAUAAGAAAUUUAAAGACUUUUUCAAUACUCCAUUACAACGAUUACAUAUUGAAGGUAGAACAUUUCCAAUUAAAGAUUAUUACUUGGAUGCAAUACUUAAAGAGCUUGAUUAUUCAUUUGAAACAAAUGAUGGAAUAGUAAAACCUCAAGCUGACUCACAUUUUUUCCAAAAUGGUAAUUUAAAUUAUGAUUUAAUAGCUCAAUUAACUGCACAUAUAGAUAAAAAAUUAACCAAUGAAUCAAAUUUAGGAUCAAUACUAAUUUUCCUACCAGGUAUAAUGGAAAUAAAUCAAGCAAUAAAAGCUGUUAGGAAACAAGUCCCAAAUUCAGUCACAUUACCAUUACAUUCUGCAUUAUCAUCAGCUGAACAAAAAAAGGUUUUCAAAUCAUUUAAUGGAAGAAAAAUAGUAGUAUCAACGAACGUUGCAGAAACUUCAAUUACUAUUCCUGAUUGUGUUACUGUUAUAGAUUCAGGUAGAUCCAAAACCAUGUUUUUCGAUACUAAUUUGAAUACAACUAAAUUAAUUGAAAAUUGGUGCUCUAAAGCAGAAAUUGGUCAACGAAGAGGUAGAUCAGGUCGUGUUACCAAUGGUAACUGUUAUCAUUUAUAUACAAAAGAAACAGUUGAAAAAAUGUUACCACAACCAAUACCUGAAAUUAAAAGAACCAAAUUAGAAAAUUUGUAUUUGGUUGUUAAAUCGAUGGGAAUUUCAAAAGUUGAACAAUUUUUAAGUAGUGGAUUAGAUGCACCUGAUCAAACAUCAUUAGCAAGUGCUAAAAAAUUUUUACAAGAUAUUGGUGCAUUGGAAAAUGAUAAACUUUCAAAUUUAGGUAAAUACAUAUCUUAUUUACCAACCGAUCCAUCAAGUGGUAAAUUAUUGAUUUUAGGUUGUAUAUUUGGUUGCUUAGAUUUUUGCUUGACUUUGGCUGCCAUUAGUUCAACAGGAAGUCCAUUUUUAAUUAACUUUGAAGAAAGAGACAAGGUUAAACAUGUACAAAGAAAAUUUGCCAAUGGUUAUGGUGAUUUCAUUGGUUUUGCAAAUGCUUAUAAUGAGUACGUUAAAAAUGGUACUAGGAAAUUUUUGAAUGAUAACUAUUUAUCAUAUACUACGAUUAAUGAUAUAAAAUCAACAAAAGCACAAUAUCUAUCAUUACUUCAGGAUUUAGGGUUUGUGGAUAAUAAUUCAAAUAUCAAUAAUAAAAAUUAUUCAUUAAUUAGGGCUAUAAUUUCGGGUUCAUUUUAUCCACAAAUUGCAAGAGUUCAAUUACCAAAUCCAAAAUUUUUCAAAUCUGCACAAGGUUCUAUUGAAAUUGAUCCUGAAGCUAAACUGAUUAAAUAUUGGAUAAGAAAUGAGAAAGAAGAAGAAUUACCAACUAGAGUUUUCAUACAUCCUUCAUCAGUCAUGUUUGAUAAUGAUAAUAACACAUUAGAUGAAAGCUUUUCAUCAAAAGUGUCAAAUGAAGAUGGUUCAAUAGAUUAUGAAAAUAGAAAGCUAAUGGAUCUCACACCACAAUUACAAAUAUCACAACAAUUGAUCAAAGAUUCAUUUAUUGCAUUUAGAUCAUCUCAUCAUACAACAAAAUUAUAUGUUAGAGACAUUACACCAGUCAAUACAAUUUCAGUUUUACUAUUUGUUGGAGAUAUUUCAUAUGAUUUAUCAAUGGAUAAGGAUCAAACAUCACCAGGUAUAAUUUUAGAUAAUUGGUUACCUAUCAGAACUUGGUGCAAAAAUGGAGUUUUAAUAAAGAAAUUAAAACAAUUACUCGAUGAUUUUAUUGAUGAGAAAUUAUCGAACCCAACUAAACAAGUUGAUGAGAAUAUAAUCAGUAUUAUAGAGAAAGUUAUAAAUAUAUAG